CCUCACGUGGCUUUCCCCGACCAGCCAUGGGAGCCCCCUCCCAUUGACCUCGGAGGGAGGCGUGGCCGCCCUUUUCCCGGAAUCCCUGUACACGGGAUCCCUGUAAAUACAGCCUACUAGGAAAAACAUCAAUUCCCAUCCUCCCGGUUUCACGUGGUCCGCCGGUCCUUCCUUCCCCGGGGCAGGAGCGGGAGGAUGAUGGGGACCCUGAGGCGGGGGCUGGGCCUGUUGGUGGCCCGGCGACGACGAUGGAGGAGCUGGUCGGGGCUACCACCGCCGGGCCCCGGGCCUGCCCCGCCGAGGCCCCGGGGCUACAGCCUACUGCCCCUGGCCGCGUUCACGUGGUUCUCCAAACCUGCCACCCAAGAGAAGGAAGAAGAAGAGGAGAAGGAGGGGGCCGACGAAAAACCAAGCGAGCACUCGGACGCGGAGGCCAACAUCAUUUUGAUGCUGAAACGGGCCAAGUUGUACAUCAUGAAAGAGGAGCCAGAAGAGGCUGAGCGGAUUUUGCAUGAGGCCCUUCGUCUUGCUCACCAGUCGGGUAACACGCAGGCCAUCAUCUACACCUAUGACUUGAUGGCUAACUUAGCAUUCCUGAGGGGUCAGCUUGGCAAUGCCGAAAAGCUUUUCAAAGCAGCAAUGAGUUAUCUGCUGGCUGGAGGCAUGAAGCAGGAGGACAAUGCAAUCAUUGAAAUAUCUCUUAAGUUGGCCAGCAUCUAUGCUGCUCAGAACCAACAUGAAUUUGCUCUCCCUGGAUACGAGUUCUGCAUUUCAACUCUAGAGAAAAAAAUUGAGAGAGAGAGGGAAUUAACAGAAGACGACAUACCAGCAGAAGAGAAAGCCAAUACCCACCUCUUGCUGGGCAUGUGCUUAGACUCCUAUGCUCGCUACCUCCUCACCCGCAAGCAGCUGCCCCUGGCCCAAAAGAUGUAUGAAAAAGCUCUGCAGAUUUCCAGGGAUGUACAGGGAGAAAGGCAUCCACAGACGGUAGUGCUGAUGAACGACCUGGCAACUACCCUUGAUGCACAGGGCCAUUAUGAUGAUGCAUAUAAUUAUGUGAAGAGGGCCUCUGAUCUGGCGAAGCAGACAGAGCACCCGGAGAUGCACAUGGUGCUCAGUAACCUGGCUGGAAUCCUGAUGCAUAAAGAGAAAUUUGCACAAGCAAAACGUACCUACCAGGAAGCCCUGAAACAAGCAGAGCUGAAAGGAGAUCUGACUUCUAUCCAGCACAUCAAAGAGGAGCUAGCUGAACUCUCCAGAAGGAGUAAAGGCUCCUGACUCCUAAUUUCAUCAAGGGUAGGUCGUCCUAGGGAAUAAGAACAACAACUUCUAUUGCUAGAGAGGAAGUGGAAGUGACAGAAAUGACAAAAGUCACUCCACCCAACAUGGGAACGAAAUAAGCCAUUUUGGUUCUUUAGACAUAAUGCUGAAACCUUUCCAUUUUCUUUUCCUUAUUUUUACUAAUGCUCAAAUGCACUUCCCCUUUUCCCCCCCUCUCCAAUUUUUUGGGCAAAAGUCCCUGAAGGUAACCUCUUGUAGGUGUUGGGUGCUAAAGCAUAUUUCCCCUAUGAAACAAGUGCAACCUAAAGGAGAAAUAAGAACCAAAUAUUAUAUUACAAGAUUUACAAAAUAAGCCUCCUUCCAAAGGCUUACCUGUUGUGAGAAGCCUCUGACAAUUGACCUCAAAGUGCUAACUGGCUUUUCAGUUCUAGAGUGUAGAAGGGUUUCUAGCAUUUGGGAAGUGAACAUCUGAGCCCAUCACAUAGAUACUGUCAAACCUUUUAGUAUGCUUAUUUUUUAAUUUUCAAAAGUUUAAGAAAUGCAUCUGUUCCAGAUAAUAUCAAUUCCCUGUCUCCUUUCUUUAAACUAGGUCCCUGCCUACUUUUCCUACUGAAAUGGUAUAGAAAGGCCAAUUUGAUCCAGCAAAUUUGUGCUUUCAUAACCUACCUUAGAGAAAUUGAGCUGAAUUCUGCCUCUUGUCGAAGGAACUGGUAAAUAUUUACUUAAUCCAUACGACUACCUCUUCCUCUCACACCAAAUGCUAAUCUCUUUAGUUGUAUUUUGAUUCAUUUUCAAACAGAGCACUGCAUGGACCAGAGAAAUGGUGAAAUGUGGCCCCACAAAUUUAUCAGGUGCUACAGCCAUGCAUGUGCAGAUACCCGGUGGGUUAAUGGGAAUUUCUACCCCAGCACCCCAAACAAUCAUCUGUAGCACCACUCCAAUGACUGUGGACUUGGUUCUUUCAGUCCAGAAGUAAGGGGUCAAUAUGUGUAUAAUUCAAACCCCAUAUGAUUCAGCUCAAGAGUCACCGGCUGAGCUCUGUCCAUUUAGGGCUCUGAUUGUUGGCGCUCCAGCAGAAAACACUGACCUCAGGGUUUAGAAAAAGUAUGUGUGUAUAUGUGAGUUAGGAGUCUCAAAGACGACCCUCCUGUUGAAGGAUCCUAGAGGCUGAAAUCAAACAGUAGGAAAUUUCACCAUCACUGGGAUUUAAUUUACUGCUAUUGUAAUAAAUAAGUUGAUUACUGGCUAUAUAUAAACUAAAGUAAGGUUUGGAUUUAAUUUGUUGAGGUGGUAUGGCUGGCAGGUGGAUGUUAAACUUUAUUUGUCUCUGAAGUGCUGUAAUAUUGUGGCAAUUACCGAAUUGUAGUAUAUAGUCUCCAUGCAGCAAUCUAGUCAUGUGAAUAUAACUUGUAUAGACAAAACUGUAUUGGUUAAAAAAAUAAAUCUGGUAAAUGUGA